GCCGUUCCCCCUCCCGUGGUUCCAUUUCGCUGCGAGUUGGGGGUUGCUGGGCGAUCGGUUGGUCCUAGCGCCGUUGAGGCGCCUCGCGGGAGGGAUUGGUGCCCAAUGCCUGUGCUUCUACGGCCCUUUUGGCCCGUUUCCUGGCGGUUUGCAAUUUUGGACGGGGGUUUCCGCACGCGCGUUGGGGUUUGGCAGGAGCUUUUCGGCAGUGCAUCUACAAUGCAGCUUAACUUUGGCCCCUUUCUAGGAACUACUGGCGCUGAGUGUGUGGUCUGAGCGAUGUCCCGUGGUUUUUGUCUCGAAACUUUCCGGAUUCGCUCCUGAUUUUGCUUUCUGCUAUGCUCACGGUGGCCAUUUUGCUUAUUGCGGUGCCCAGGACCCAGGGUGACCAGGUCUCAUAGAAGUGGAAAGAUCAAACAAGAAUUUGGGAUUGUUAAUUCAUAGGAUAUGGCUGAUUUAGUUUGUGCUCUAUGCGACAAUGGAGGUGAAAUUAUAAGCUGUGAAGGCAGGUGUCUGAGGUCGUUUCAUGCAACUAACGAUUCUAGUGAAGACUGUCCAACCUUAGGAUACAGCAGGCAGCAGUUAGAUGCGGCGGAAGUUUUUAAGUGCAAGAAUUGUGAGUAUGGAAUAUAUCAAUGCUUUGCUUGCGGAAGGCUAGGCUCAGCUAAAACUAAUCCUCCCGAGGUAUUUCCAUGUGCUUCUUCAACUUGUGGUCACUUCUAUCAUGCGAUGUGUGUUACUCAGUUACUCUUCCCUGAAAACGAGGCCAAAGCAACUGAGUAUACAGCAAAGAUAGCCAGUGGGGCAAAAUUUGCAUGUCCCCUCCACAAAUGUGGCAUCUGCAAGCAUGGGGAGAACAAAGAGGAUAGGGAGCUACAGUUUGCUGUCUGUCGGCGGUGCCCAAAGUCAUACCACAGAAGAUGCUUGCCAAGGGAAAUUGUCUUUGAGGACUUCACUGAGAAUGGUCAACAUGUUUUCCAAAGGGCGUGGGAUGACCUUCUUCCCAACAAUCGCAUCUUGAUAUAUUGCUUGAAGCAUGAUAUUAAUCCAGAAUAUCGAACCGCCACGAGAAAUCAUAUUAAGUUUCCUAAGGACCCUACUGCUCUCAAGAAACCCCUCAAUUGUGUCAAUGGAAUGAACACAAAGACAUUGAAGAUACGACGUCUUGAGGAGCUUCCUUCUGCGCCAUUGUCUAAUGUUAAAAGAUUUUCUUACUCAGUGAAAAGUUCUACUUUAAGCAAUUUGAGGAAUAAAAGAAGGAAAGUGAUUGUGCCUGAAGAAAAACCUGUGGUUAUGACAAAACUCCCUGAGAUUGACAGUGACACUGAGAUGAGAAUGUAUGAGUUUGCACAAAAAGCGUCAGCUGGUAUAACAAUGGAUGAUGUGAAGAAAAAGCUAGUGGUACCAUCAACAUAUGCACCAAAUCUGCAGAAUGCUGAUAACAUUACACUGGAAAAUGUGGAAAUAUAUGUUGAGGCCGUUAAAGGUGCUCUGCAUAUGUUAGAAAAUGGUGCAUCUAUAGCAGAUGCCAAAUCUGUCUGCCCACCUAAUGUUCUGUUUCAACUUGUAAAGUGGAAGAACAAGUUGAGUGUAGUUCUUGCACCAUUUCUUCAUGGCAUGCGAUACACAUCGUAUGGGCGCCACUUCACAAAACUGGACAAACUCCAGCUGAUAGUUGAUAAGCUACAGUGGUAUAUUCAAAGUGGUGACACGGUCGUUGAUUUUUGCUGUGGUUCAAAUGAUUUUAGCUUGUUAUUGAGGGAAAUAUUGGAAUCUUCUGGGAAAAAUUGCUUCUACAAAAAUUAUGAUCUCAUCCAACCAAAGAAUGAUUUCAAUUUUGAGAGACGAGACUGGAUGACUGUUCAACCUGAUGAAUUGCCUACAGGAUGCAGACUGGUCAUGGGAUUGAAUCCUCCCUUUGGGACUAAAGCCUCUCUUGCGAACCAGUUCAUCAACAAAGCUCUCACUUUCAAGCCAAAGCUUAUAAUACUCAUUGUUCCCAAGGAAACUGAAAGAUUGGACAAGAAAUACCCACCAUAUGAGCUAAUAUGGCAGGACUCAGAUCAGCUCUCGGGAAAGUCAUUCUAUCUACCUGGAUCUCUGGAUGCUGACAACAAGGUGAUGGAGCAAUGGAAUGUGUCACCUCCUCCGCUUUCUCUGUGGAGUCGUAGUGACUGGGCUGAGAGGCACUCCGAGAUUGCCAAAUCAAUGGGGCACAUCUCGAAUGAAAUUGGUGACUUGCAAAGGGAUCUGGCUGCAUCUAUACAUACCACAGAGCACGUGGAGGCAGAUGAUGCAGGGGUUGCAGGCAUGUCUCCAUGUUUACUAGAUCAGUUGUUGUCUGACACGUUCCAUGACCCAACAACUUCUCCAGGGGACUGCUGGAAUGAUACCAGCGGCCGAUCACGGCAACCAUGCAACUACGAAACAGCAGGACAAGGAAGGGGCGAUCCAACCUACAAUCAUACAACAGAAAGCUGCUCUGAUAUGAGCAUUUCAUUGUCGGAGAGUGAUGUUCAGAGAAAAGAUCAAGCUUUGCCAAUGCCAGAGCAUGGAGGCACCGGCUCUGAUAUGAGCAUUUCAUUGUCGGAGAGUGAUGUUCGGAGAAAAGGUCAAGCCUGGGAUGCUGUUGGAAGUGCAUCUGCAGGGAAACCAACUGCUGAUGCCGAUUACGAUGAGGUAACAUCAGCCUGUGGUCCGUAUCAUUUCUCGGGGGUUGCGGGCAAACAGGCAGCUGGAGUUGAGUACUGGAUGAUACAAGACUCACCAGUCCUGGAGGAAGGAGAGCUGAGCGAUGCACCGGCUGCGGCGGGCAGGCCUGCAUCUGGCACGCGUCAUAAACCGACGGAACACACGCCAGCAGCAGCAACACCCGAAGCUGCCUCCUGGUGGAGUGGGCAGCUGGAUCAUCACUCGCGGUCUGUGGCCGCUAGGCAUAAUGCCAGAACUCUGCCACCAAGAAACACCUUCCCCGGACUGCGCUUGCGGCAAGGAUGCAACACCUCUCGUAAGUUCCUGCCCCAAGGCAUGGGCUAUGACGCCAUCCAUGAAGGGCCAUCGAAUGGCUGGAUCGAGGAAGAAGACUACUAGUAUAGGUGCUAAUGUGCCUCGCCCUCGCGUUGUCUUCACAGGUGUGAGCUAGUUAAUUCUACGGCCGGCUUUAGGAGUAUGCUGCUGAGGUUAUGCUAACGUUGGUAGAGUCGGUUCUGCGGUCUGUCAUUGGAUCAGUAUUUUCGUUAACUGUUGCAUUCAUGCCCUGUAUCUGUUUCUGACGAAACAUCUUACCAUGGACUUGAUUGCCUUUGAGCCUGAAUUAUCCAGGAUCGAUCUUUCGUUGCCUGCUA